AUGCGCAAAGCCAUCGACGGAGACAAUGUGCGGGACGCGUUGAAGAACGCCUCCAACAUGAUUUGUGAGCUCCGUACCUCCCUGCUGUCUCCGAAGAAUUACUUCGAGCUGUACAUGCAGGUCUUCAACGAGAUGCAGCACCUGGCCGGUUUUUUCGGUGACAAGGGCCGGCACAAGAAGAAGAUGAUUGAUCUCUAUGAGUCAGUGCAGCAUGCCGGCAACAUUCUGCCCAGACUGUACUUGCUGGCAACAGUGGGGGCGGCUUACAUCAAGUCCCUGGAAGCUCCAGCGAAGGAAAUUCUCAAGGACGUCAAUGAGCUGUGUAAAGGUGUGCAGCAUCCUCUUCGAGGGCUCUUCCUCCGGUAUUACCUGUCACAGAUGCUGAAGGACAAGCUGCCAGAUACCGGUUCUGGCUUCGAAGGGGAAGGAGGGGACAUCAACGAUGCUUUCGACUUCAUCUUCACCAACUUCCAGGAGAGCAACCGCCUCUGGGUUCGCAUCCAGCAUCAAGGCCCUACCAGGGAAAAAGAUCGACGAGAAAGAGAGCGCCAUGAUUUGCGAGUGCUCGUUGGUGCCAACCUCGUUCGACUUAGUCAGCUGGAUGGCAUGACCAUGGAUUUCUACGCGGAGACAGCCCUCCCGAAGAUCCUGGAUCACAUUGUCUCGGUAAAGGACGUGAUGUCCCAACAGUAUCUGCUGGAGAGCAUGAUCCAAGUCUUCCCCGACGAGUUCCACAUUCGCACUCUCGAGCAGAUGCUUGCAUCCUACGUUCGGGCGCUGCCGAAUGUAGACAUGACGCCCAUCAUGGUUACGCUGUGCAACCGGCUGGCGAACUAUCUGUCUGAGGCAGACAGCGCCAAGACAGAAGCAGCCGGAGACAUCUUCUCGCUUUUCCGAUCCCAUUUGCAGGGAAUCUUGGAGCGAGCCUUGCAGCCACAACAGCAAAGCCAAGGGGGCGUUGCUGUUGCAUCGCCAGUGCCCGACAUGGCUCCUCCACUACAGGUCCUGGCGGCCUUCAUGCAAUUCACAGUGUCCCUGUACCCGGACCAGGUCCACUAUGUCGACAUAAUUCUGGGAUCUGCUGCCGAGUUACUGCAGAAGUUUAAGGCUCUACCAGGCUGCAGCGGUCCGAUAUCCGAGAAGGCUGCAGACCAGAUCGGGGAGUUGCUGGCCGGGCCAAUGAAAACUUUGGGCCUCGGAGUCCUGAAGAUGGAGCACUUCGCCGGCCUGGUCAGCUUCUUGAACUUCGAGAUCCGAAAGCAAGUUUCCCUGAGCAUGGUCACGGCCAUCGUGGAGGUCCAAUUCGCAAAUAGUGCUGACAACCGACGCUGCACUUCAGUCGCCAUCUUGACGCCAUGGCAGAAAACUGGACCGAAAGUUUUGCAUCCGCACAGGCAACCCUGA